UGAAUGUUAGGGUUUUAAAUGAAAAGGAUUAUAUUGUUGGUAGAGAGAGUGAAAGGAGCUGAAGGAAACAGAAACAACUAGUUCUUCCGCCGUUCAGCCAAGAUGGGUAUCUCUCGAGAUUCUAUGCACAAGAGGCGCGCUACAGGAGGAAAGAAAAAGGCAUGGAGGAAGAAGCGAAAGUACGAGCUCGGUCGUCAGCCCGCUAACACCAAGCUGUCAAGCAACAAGACAGUGAGGAGAGUACGUGUUAGAGGAGGUAAUGUAAAGUGGAGGGCACUCCGAUUGGAUACGGGAAAUUACUCAUGGGGAAGUGAAACCGUUACUCGUAAGACCCGUAUUCUUGAUGUCGUUUACAAUGCGUCGAACAAUGAGCUUGUCAGGACACAGACAUUAGUGAAGAGCGCUAUUGUUCAAGUUGAUGCUGCUCCUUUCAAGCAAUGGUACCUUCAGCACUAUGGUCUUGACAUCGGAAGGAAGAAGAAGACUGCUGCUGCCAAGAAGGAAACCACUGAGGAGGGAGAUGCUGCUGCAGCAGAAGAAGCAAAGAAGAGUAACCAUGUAAUCAGGAAAAUUGAGAAGCGUCAGGUGGAUCACAAACUUGACCCUCAUAUUGAAGAGCAGUUUAGUGGAGGCAGACUAUUGGCCUGCAUUUCAUCUCGCCCUGGACAAUGUGGUAGAGCUGAUGGGUACAUCUUGGAAGGAAAGGAGCUUGAAUUUUACAUGAAGAAGCUACAAAAGAAGAAGGGCAAGGGUGCUGCUGCUUAAACAACUCGACUAUUAUUGCUUGUGGGAGGUUUUUAGCUUUUAUGAUGAUAGUGCUUCUUAAUUAUCAAGAUGUCCUUUUUGUGUUUCAUUCUCAAGUCGUAGGAUAAAGAGGAAGGAUUGACAUCAAAGAUUCUCCUAAGUUUUGUUAUUCUGAAUUAGUAGAGAAACUGUUUUUAUUACUUACUAUAUUUUCCAAACAUGUGUGCGUUUAUCUUCAUUGGAUAUAGACAGAUCUGGGAUCUUUGUUUUCAA